AAACCGAUUUUCGGUGUUAUCCCCCUCAGAUAAACCGAUUUGUUAAGUCAACUACAAAGCAUUGCCGACAAUACGCUACCACCGCACCGCACGAUCCAACGGAGAGAGAUCCUAUUGCUGACGAUGAGUGGCGACAUGUGAGUUGUAGUAGUCCUAAAGGAAAAGAAGAUUUGAAUACGGAUAAUGUCAUCUCGAUGGAAGAGCUGGAGGAGAUAGAGGAGCUGCACCGCAAAAUCAGAUAUGCCGCGGCCGUCGCGAGAGACGUACGGAGACCAGAAGCCGCCCUACUCGUACAUCUCCUUGACGGCCAUGGCCAUUUGGAGUUCGCCGGAGAAGAUGUUGCCGUUGUCGGAAAUCUACCGCUUCAUUACUGAUCGUUUUCCGUACUAUCGUCGCAACACGCAGAGAUGGCAGAACUCCUUAAGGCACAACCUGUCGUUUAACGAUUGCUUCAUCAAAAUACCUAGGAGACCCGAUAGACCCGGGAAAGGCGCGUUCUGGGCACUGCACCCUUCGGCUUUAGAUAUGUUUGAGAAUGGUAGCUUCCUGAGGAGGAGGAAGAGAUUCAAACUACCCAAGCACGUGCACGAAGAGCUGGACAGCUUGAGCAAGCUGCAGAAUAGCAAUUUCGGUGCGCCCAUCACAGGACCUAGUUCGUCCAGCUGCUUACCGCGAGUUCCUCCAACAGCUUGUCCCAUGACCGUCGGUAUGACUCUACCAAUAGCGCCAAUAACCCAAUCAAGCACGACUCCCAUCAAGUCAUUCAGCAUAGACAGCAUCAUACAAUCGGACAAUAAGCCCGCGACUAGUCCAGUACAUCCGCCGCCUCCAAUACCAGCUUGCAAUUUGCAGCUACCGAGGUUGCCGUGGACCAGCGUACUGCCCACGGCGACGACCACCAGGUUAGAGGAGAUGAAUAGGGAUGAGUUCAUCGCUGCCCAGCAGGCCGCCCUCUUUGAGUAUGCCGCAGCUCUGAUGUCGAUGAAUAGUGCUAGUGCAGCCACGUUGAACCCUGGUGUAGGUGUGAUCAAGCCGCACCCGAUAGUGCCCAGUGUUCUGUUCCCCGGGUCAUACCACCCCGUGCCAAUCCCCGUGCAAUACACCCUGCCAAUGUCCAGUCCCGUGCAUUCUGGAUCCGGCGGAACCCUGGACUUCGAGACUGACCGUGAGUGUGAUAGGCAGGACAAGAAGGGUUUGCCUCCGAUCAGUGUGAUCUCUCAAAGAACGCGGGACGAGGCUUUGGACACCUCCUCAUGUUCCUCCGGCGAUGCUCUCAAUGUAUGA